CAAGUAGAAAAGACACAUUUUUUUGAUCUAAUUUUUUAUUUACUUUUGUAGGUAUGGUUCCAAAACCGUCGCGCCAAGAUGAACCGUACAAAGGCAGCUGCCACUUUGCAAAGAGCAGGACACAAUCAGCAACAAGAACAACAGCAGCAGUUAUUAUUACCACACCAACAUCAUUUGGUUCCACAAUAUCAUCAUCAUCAUCACCACCACUUGGCGGCUCCAGGACCUCCUCAGCGACAACAACAUCAUCAUCAUCACAGCCAGCCACUUUUGCGACGUGCUUCUGCCAAUUCCAUCCUAGAAUCCCAUCACGUACCACCUCGGCCAGCACAACCUCGUUCAACUUUAUCGUAUCCGCCUUCUAUCCCACCUCCUUUAGCACCACCACAGCAACAGCUUCAACCGAUAGCACCUAUGCCGGCAGAAUCAGCUAUUACACCACAACACCACCCACAGCUGCCCUAUAUUCAAAUCCACGAACCAUCCAUACCAGGCUACAAACAUCAUCAUCAUCAUCAAGCUGUUGCCUCUGGUGGUAUCCAACCACCACGACCACCACCCUCAACAUUACCUUCUACUGAUUAUUUCAGCUAUGGAGCGCAGGAUCGCGGCAAUAUCCAGAAUUCGUUGGCCAACCUGAGUCUUCAGAACAAUCAAGGUGGCGAUAUGCCGGCACGUAAACGGGCACGAUCCAGGUCAUCUAUUGAUAUGUUGGCAUCAGCAGCAGAAUAUCUCAAUAAUGAAGAAUAAAUGAGAAACACACAACUUUUUUUUUCCUUCGUCGAUCAAAUAAGAUCAAGUAAACAUUCAUAAUUACGCAAAAAAAAAAAAAGCUUUUUUCUUU